GGCGUUUCCGGCCGCUCGGGUUCGGAGUCUUCAGCUGGGGAGAACUUUAUCGCGAUUCGGCGAGGAGCGGCGGGCAGCGCGGACGAGGUGGGGGACGACGACGAUGAGGAUGAGGAUGCUGCUACUGAUGAUGCCGUCGCGAUGUACGGGGCUUGGGGGACCGUGGUGAGCCGCGCAGCUCCCCGAUGCGCGGCCGCCUGGAGUAGGCUUGCAGUGGUGCCGUUGCUAGAAGGAGUUUCCCGUCUGAUUUAGCUCCUAUACGGACGCUUUUAUACAUUCCCUCUCCCGACUCUGCAGGUGUUUGGCUGAUCGGGCCAGUGGGCAUUGUAAGGGGCUUCGUUUUUCUUUUGUCCUGAGGACCUUCUGUAACUAACGGAAGAGUCUGCUGCGUGUGUGGUUUCCCCUCCUCUGCCGUCCUGCGCUUCGUGCAUGUGCUACUGGAACUGCUCCGACCGGGGCCGGCUGUGCAGAGCCCCCCUCGCCGCCUCCCUACUCCUCCCGCUUUCCUCCCUUGUUCAUCGCUCCGUGUCUUGCUGAUGACUUGGCCCCUACGACGACGCCCGGAAGCAGGGCAGUCUUCCUCGCAGACUUUCCCUCGCCCACCUGGCUUGCGACGGUCCCGCCGCUGACACCCCGUCCCGCUUCCUCCUCCUGGAUUUUCCCCUCUUGGCAGCAGGCAGGAGUGGGGAGAGGAGUAGCCUUCGUACAGGGUUUUCGGCCUUACAAUUGCAUCGGCAACUGGAGAGUCCGAAAGGGGGAUUAUUCAGUCCCGCGGCGGGGUGGUAUUCCCUACGGCCCCGUCGGGUCCCGUCGCAUCCCGCCGCUGCUGGGCGUUGAGAAGCGUAAGUGCGGCCCGUCCGCCCUCGGAGCAACAGCAACAAAGGACACCGCCGCCGGAGGAUGCCCCCGCGGCGGAGGCACUGAGCGGCGCCUCGUCCCGCUCCUGCUUGCGGCAGCGAAGGGAAGGCGUCCACUGAGUGUCGCCGCUCCUGCCCCCUCGGUGCCCUGGGUGUGAAGACGGGGUGUGUGGGGCAGUUCGCUGCGAGAACCGUGGUGUGACAGCGCCCCGCCGCCGCUGGAGCCAUGUUCCCACAGAGCCGGCACCCCACCCCGCACCAGGCUGCGGGCCAGCCCUUCAAAUUCACCAUCCCAGAGUCGCUGGACCGCAUCAAGGAGGAGUUCCAGUUCCUCCAGGCGCAGUACCACAGCCUUAAAUUGGAAUGUGAGAAACUGGCAAGUGAAAAGACAGAAAUGCAGAGGCACUAUGUGAUGUAUUAUGAAAUGUCGUAUGGAUUAAACAUUGAAAUGCACAAACAGACAGAAAUCGCGAAGAGAUUGAAUACAAUUUGUGCACAAGUCAUCCCAUUUUUGUCUCAGGAACAUCAGCAGCAAGUGGCCCAAGCGGUAGAACGUGCCAAACAAGUGACCAUGGCUGAGCUGAAUGCCAUCAUCGGGGUACGUGGCCUUCCAGGUCUACCUCCUACACAGCAGCAGCUGCAGGCUCAACAUCUCUCCCAUGGCCAUGGACCUCCAGUGCCUCUAACACCACAUCCAUCAGGACUUCAGCCUCCAGGAAUCCCUCCACUUGGAAGCAGUGCUGGCCUUCUUGCCCUUUCUAGUGCUUUGGGUGGGCAGUCUCACUUGGCAAUAAAAGAUGACAAGAAGCAUCACGAUGCAGAACACCACAGAGACAGAGAGCCAGGCACAAGUAAUUCUCUGUUGGUCCCGGACAGUCUGCGAAGCACAGAUAAACGCAGGAAUGGCCCUGAAUAUACCAAUGAUAUCAAAAAGAGAAAGGUGGAUGAUAAGGAUUCCAGCCACUAUGACAGUGAUGGGGACAAGAGUGACGAUAACUUGGUUGUAGAUGUAUCCAAUGAGGAUCCUUCUUCCCCAAGGGGAAGUCCCACAAAUUCACCACGUGAAAAUGGCAUAGAUAAAACCCGCCUGCUGAAGAAAGAUGCCUCUAGCAGUCCAGCAUCUACAGCCUCUUCAGGAAGUUCCACUUCCCUCAAAUCCAAAGAAAUUAGUCUGCAUGAAAAAGCCAGCACGCCUGUUCUGAAAUCCAAUACACCAACUCCUCGUAGUGAUGUGCCAGCCCCAGGCACUAGUGCAGCUCCAGGACUUCGUCCAGGCCUUGGCAAGCCUCCAACCAUGGACCCGCUGGUUAACCAAGCUGCUGCAGGUUUGCGAACACCAUUGGCAGUACCAGGACCAUACCCUGCUCCAUUUGGAAUGGUACCUCAUGCUGGCAUGAAUGGAGAGUUAACCAGUCCAGGGGCAGCCUAUGCCAGUCUGCACAAUAUGUCACCCCAGAUGAGUGCUGCUGCUGCUGCAGCUGCUGUGGUUGCCUAUGGAAGAUCUCCUAUGGUUGGGUUUGAUCCUCCUCCUCACAUGAGAGUACCUGGAAUCCCUCCAAAUCUAACAGGGAUUCCUGGGGGAAAACCAGCCUACUCCUUUCAUGUUACUGCAGAUGGUCAGAUGCAGCCAGUUCCUUUUCCUCCUGAUGCCCUCAUUGGUCCAGGAAUUCCUCGUCAUGCCCGUCAGAUCAACACUCUGAACCAUGGGGAAGUUGUGUGUGCGGUUACCAUCAGCAACCCUACAAGACAUGUUUACACGGGUGGCAAGGGGUGUGUAAAAGUCUGGGACAUCAGCCAGCCUGGUAACAAAAGCCCUGUCUCUCAGCUGGACUGUUUGAACAGAGAUAACUACAUCCGCUCUUGUAAAUUGCUGCCUGAUGGAUGCACCCUAAUAGUUGGUGGGGAAGCCAGCACAUUAUCCAUAUGGGACCUGGCAGCACCAACUCCUCGUAUAAAAGCAGAGCUGACGUCCUCAGCCCCUGCCUGCUACGCUCUGGCUAUCAGCCCUGAUUCCAAGGUGUGCUUUUCCUGCUGCAGUGAUGGGAACAUUGCAGUGUGGGAUCUACACAAUCAGACAUUGGUCAGGCAAUUCCAGGGCCACACAGAUGGAGCCAGCUGUAUUGACAUUUCUAAUGAUGGUACCAAGCUCUGGACAGGAGGUUUGGAUAACACUGUCAGAUCCUGGGACUUGAGAGAGGGGAGACAGCUACAACAGCAUGACUUCACAUCACAGAUUUUUUCCCUUGGUUAUUGUCCUACUGGUGAAUGGUUGGCUGUUGGAAUGGAGAGUAGUAAUGUAGAAGUGCUACAUGUAAAUAAGCCAGACAAAUAUCAACUGCACCUUCAUGAGAGUUGUGUAUUGUCACUCAAGUUUGCUUACUGUGGUAAAUGGUUUGUGAGUACUGGGAAAGAUAACCUUCUUAAUGCAUGGAGGACUCCUUAUGGAGCCAGUAUCUUCCAGUCCAAAGAAUCUUCGUCAGUGCUUAGCUGUGACAUCUCUGUGGAUGAUAAGUACAUAGUCACUGGCUCUGGAGACAAAAAGGCUACAGUCUAUGAAGUUAUCUACUGAAAAAUAUCAUGGGCAUAUAACUUUUAAAAGUUGAACUGGGCCAAAUUUGUUCUUAAAUGUAGAAGUAGAAAGGUUUUGCCUUUUAAAAAGCAAGUAUUGAGGUUCCAGACCUUGCCAUGAAACUACUCCGAUUUUUCAAAAUGGAAGGCAACAUCCAGCAACUAAAUAUUGGCUUCGUGGACCAAAUGAAAUACAGAGGCAAGAUGGACAGAUGUAGCCUAGGUUUUUGACAGCUUUUAAAAGUCAAGUCUACUGAAGAAUAUUGGAGCCUUUUAUUGUUUUCUUUCUUUGUGACCUCAUGCAAAUUGUUCUCAUUGCCUGACUAUGGGGGAUAAAUACCUUUCUGUUCCUUGCAAUUCAAGUUGCAUUCUGACCUAUGUAGAGCAGUAGUGUCUCAGAUGAACUUGUUUCCUGGUUUUGCAUCGUGAUAUGUUUUUGUAUUUUUGUUGAAGGUCAAACAUUUGUAUAAAUUGUGAAUAUAUUUAGUUUGUUACAGUAAAGGCUUUAGUAGCAAAAACUAGUCUUCCCCCCUCUAGCCUUACCCUGCCUGCCCUGCUUAUUUAAAAUUAAAAACUUUUUGGGGAUAUAAGUACCUUUUUAGAAGAAAAAGCAAAAACACUGUACAGUUUGGAAAUAGUAUCUUAUUCUUUAUAACUCCUUCUAGAUUCUUUUAUCAUACUUCAAAGUAGUUGUUUUGACAUAUUUGGGUAUCAAGUCCAAUAGAUACUGUCUUGUGCUACAGGAAACUUCAAAAGGCAAUUUUGUACUAAUUAUACUGUAAAUAUAAAAAUUGAACAUUUCAUAAAGUUGUGCAUUUUAUUUUGGGCUUAUUCUGAUGUCCCAUGUAUAUGUUCUUCGGCAGAUAGGGUAAUAUCUGCCUCUUCAUAACUCAUAUUGUCCUUUCUCUAGAGGAAGAGGUGACUUCCCUCUCCUUUUUCCCCUAGCUGAACAAAAAUCUUGGAAGACUACAUUUCAACUAAGUUCAUCAGAGCCUUUAUCCAUUAGCGGAGGAAGUCAGUGAUUAAACAAAGCUAGAUAAGUUGCGUCCUUUGUAUUUGACAGAGAAAUGGUAGUUAAUGACCAUUUCAUUUUUAAUGUCUUUACUCAGGUAAAUUUAAUUAAAUUACCCAAAGUGUGAGUUUUACAGGGGAUCACUUAAAGAGUGUUAAAUACUUGCAGCACUGCAAGUGAAUUGAAUUAACCUAAACUAAGUUAAACUUGCUUCUUAGUUUCUUGUGAGAAUAUUAACGAAGGAAUUUUUAACUAAUCCACUGUACAAAUUAAUUAGCAUUAAUUUUCCUGAGUAUACCAUGUUAUGCAGGUGUAUAGGCUCUAUGAAUUCAUACUGCACAAUCUUUUGAGUCCUUUCCAUUGUGGCAUCAGUGUGUGACAUCUGUGAAGAGCCAUGCUAGGCAGCUAGUUACCAAAGCUAUGCAUUUUCAGAUCAAGUUUUCUUGGUGUACUCAGGAGAAAUGGAUGAGGAGAAAUGUGUACAUUUUAUUCUAACUAUUUUUCAGAUUAACUAGUUCUACCACUGUGCUAGACAAACCUAGCUAUUGUACCAGUAAGAGCCAUACAUUUCUUUCACUCCAUAAUUUAAUUAGAAUUUCCAUUGCUAUUGUCAGUAUAGGUGAACAAAACCAUACUUUUGAAUGAAUAAUUCAGAUUAUGCAAACUGGCAGUUAGGUUAAGACUUACUUGUGAAGAGCUGCUUUCUCAUUUGGUUGGCAUUUGACAAUGACCUAUGUCCCUACUCUUUCAAAAACACGUAACUAGGAAGAAACAAGUUUGACUGACAGAUCUUUUGACUGAAUAGGGAAUUUCUCAUCUAAGGGCAAAUUUUCUCUCUAUUUCCAGUCUGAAGAGACAUCAGUUUUCUUUUCUAUUACAUGACCAUUCUACUGAAACCAUUUUAUACCAUCUAGAAUUGCAAUAACCUUAAAGUAUUAACUUUGCGUUUGGAAUGUAAAAUGUUAACCAUUCAGGUAAAUCUGAUUUCCUAGACAUUUAAAAUUAGUGUUUUAUACAUAUGUAUCUAUAUCUUUGUCUGUUGCUAUGCUGUGAAUAAUUAUCUGUUUGAAAAUGGUAGACCAGCUUAGAUGGGAGUCAUGUUCUUUUCAUACAUAGUAAUGCAAAACCCAGAAUCAUCAACCUUUUCAAAGAAAUAAUUAUAUUUGCUGCAUUGAAAUACAGUGAAGUGGCUAUGCCAUUUCAAAAAGGGAAAGUUUAAACAGUGGGUACUAGGUUACUUGUUUUUUGUGCUGGCCCUAUUUUCAUAUUGAAGUUUUUCCAAACAACUGACUCUACUGUUAAUCACUGACUUCGUUUAGCAGCACUGGUAAAUUUGCUGUAGUUAUGAACAUUUGGAUUUCUUCCAAACUACUAUCAUCUUGGCUUUUAUUUUAUAGAUGUUCUUUUGUCUCUCUUAAAAGCUGAUACAGGAGGAACCAACAAUGCAGUUAUUCUAACACAUUCAUGUAACUUAAAAAGAAAUAUAUAUACAUGUUUAUAGUGGAUCUGCUGUAAGUUGCAACCUAAUGUUUGAUAGUAAGACCACUUUCUUGGCAAUCAGGCAUUCAAAAGCACAGUAUCAGGAAAAUCAUGAAAUAGCUUGACUUUUCUUGUUAGCUUCUAGAAUGCACAGUGAGUCAGAGGAGUCAUGGAACUGGACAUUAUUUAUGUGUUUUAAUGAAUUUAAUCAUAUUUGUACCAUACAUUUCUUUGUUCUAAUUAAGUAAUUACUUCUUUUUCCUCAAUCAGAUCUACUUUAAACCUUGGGUCUGAAAUCUUGGAGAUGCAUCAUACGACAGUCUUAUCAAUUUUUGUUUCAGUUUUCACUUGCAGUUUAUGAAACUUUUUUUUCAUUUGUCAAGCACUAAAGCUUCUUCCACCAGCAGAUGUAAUUUUUAAUGAAAAGAUACAUUUGGUGAAAUCUUGUCAUGUCUGUCUACACUGCUACUUACAAGAUUUAAAACUUAGAGAUCAAAAUUUCUUUAAAUUGUUAAAGCCCUGUGUAAAAUAGUGGGUGGAAAUCAUGGCAUAAUGAAUGAAGAAGCAUACCAACCCAGAUGAGCAGUAACAGAAAAGGCACUGGGGGACGGACAUGGAAAAAAGAAGUACAACAUUAUCUAUGGUGUAAUAAUUAAGGUUUUUUUGUCAGUUUCAUUACAGUUCUAAAAGAUUCCUUUCGUUAUCCCCUUUUCUGGCACAGUCUUUGUUUGCUGGGUGGCUCUCAGUAUUCAGAGAUGUCUAAAUGCCACUUUGGCAAACCCUAGUGCCAGACAGAAGCAGGGGGUCCUUAGAAGUGAUAUGUUGCAUGUCAGUAGAAACAAUAAGUGCUGAAGAGAUUUGUAGUAAUAUUAAUUCAACUGAACAAAAUUCUUUGCCAGCUCUAAUAUGUAUAUUUUGUAUAUGUGCACUAGGCAUUGCCUUCUAUAAAUCAGUUGUGCAGAAUUGUCAAUGUGUCAGAAUACCUAUUUUUGAUUGUAUUUUCAAGCAAAGGUAUUUCCCCACAUCAACCCACAAGCUGCUGGUCCUUGAAAGAGAAUUUUCAUCUACAUGAAUCCUUUUAAACUCAUUUGGCCUUUCAGAAGCUUUUGUUCCGUGUAAGGAAAAAGGAAGCAAUAAAUGGAUAUGAAGUACAUAGACUGUGAAAUAAUAGUGGUUUUUUUUAAUAUAAACAUCAAAGUAGAAUCGUUGUUCAGUCACAUGCAUACUUUUAUGUAUGAAUGAUUGACUUUAAUUUUUCUUUCAUAUAUCUACAGUGAUGAUGCAGGUCAAAUUUUCAAAAUGUUCAGAAGUAAAUUAAACCCAGAUCGUCAAGUUGAUAAUAUCUGGUGAUUUGUUUUCGUGGAAAGACUGCCCCGCUUAUAAGCCUGUGGGAUCAUGUAAUCUAGUUAGAUUAGUCUUUCAUAUUUUUUAUUAUAUUGAUGCAAUUUUGAGUCAGUGGGGGAAUUCCAUCAUUUGAGUCAUUAAGAAAGGUGGAUUUUAACGUUUUCUGGCUAGGGAAGAAUAAUGAAUUCAGAUUUCACACUGUUAAUACAGUGUUUACUCCUUAAGCCACUUCACUGGAGAAGCUGGACAUGCUCCAACUGUGGUGUCUCUUUGAAGAAUUUUAUUUUUUUUCCUACUGCAAGUGCAUAAAAAGAAUGUGAGAGUGUAGGUCUAUACAAGACUUGAGUCAUUGUGUACUGCCAAAGAGAGGUCUUUUAUUACAGAAUUGGAAAGAAGAAUCAGCUCAGAGUAGGACCUGAUGAACACCAGAGUCCUCAAUUUUUUCCAUUCCCUAGUAUUUUUGUCACUCAAGGUUAUUUUUCUAGCAAUUGAUAAUCCCAUUUUCCACAAUGUGCUCUCAAGCGUCCCAUUGCAGCUUAAGUGCUUAGUGCAACAUUGUAGUUUUUGCUGGGAAAACCAGACAUACAG